AGGCGAGCGCGCGCCGCGACCAGUCAGAGGAGCGCCACCGCGCCCGCCGCGCCCUCGCCCACCCCGUCGCGCUCGACCCUCGCCGCCCUCGCCGGGCGUGACCGAGCCGGCCACCAGGACCGCGACGAGGGACAUGCGACCGACCCGACGGCGACGGUGGUGUUGACGGGGCGGCCAGUGUGCGAGUGAAGUGCAUAACGCAGUGCAUCAGUGUGCGUCAGGCAGUGCGGCAGAGAGAAGAGAGAGAGAACGAGAGUGAUUGAGUGAGAGAGAGCGAUGGCGCCGACGAGACAGUGGUGCGGUGCCGGGCCCCUCAGGAUGUGCCAGUGAAAGAGUCGACGGACAAGGGUUGCCGACGACGGCGGCCUCCGGGGGGGUCACGUCCUUGGCACGCCCCCGACGAGCCCCCUGGGAGCCGGCGCCCUCCUCCCCGCCGCCCCCCGCGGCCUCGGCCUCGCGUUGGGUCCCGCCGCUCGCCUCGGCCGGAAGCGGCGCGCCGCCGACCAGGUCGCCGACAUGUACAUGAAGAAGGAGGUGGUGGAGGAGUGCGGCUCCCCCGUGGACCGCAAGCAGCUCCUGGACUUCCCGCCGACCUGCGGCGCCUCCAACGACUCCAACAACAACAACGGCGGCAGCUACAACAACAUGGGGUCGGACUCGCACCCGCUGAGCGGGCGGAACGAGAACGGCGCGGUGUCGGCCGGUGUGGGCGCGGGCGCGCGCGGGCAGCCGGUGCAGCCGCUGCCGCUGGGGCAGCCGGGGCAGCAGCCGCAGUGCGAGGGCUGCGGCCGGCGCAUCCACGACCGCUUCCUCAUGCGGGUGGGCGCCGGCUCGUGGCACGAGUCGUGCCUCGCCUGCCUCGUCUGCGGCACCACCCUCAACCACUCGUGCUACUGCCGCGACGGCAAGCUCUACUGCAAGCAGGACUACGACCGCAUGUUCGCGGCGAAGUGCGCGCGGUGCAUGGAGCGGGUGCUACCGCACGAGCUGGUGAUGCGCGCCCAGCACGCCGUCUUCCACCUGCACUGCUUCUCGUGCGUGGCGUGCCUGCAGCCCCUCCAGAAGGGCGAGCAGUUCGUGCUGCGCGCCAACCAGCUCUUCUGCCGGCCCGACUUCGAGAAGGAGAUGUACCUCCUGCAGCAGGCCAGCCCGAGCGACGAGGAUCUGCUAGACGAGAACUCUCGGCCGAGAGACGGCCGACGCGGCCCCAAACGGCCGCGGACCAUCCUAACCUCAGCGCAGCGGAGACAGUUCAAGGCGUCCUUCGAAGUCAGCCCCAAACCGUGCAGAAAGGUGCGCGAGGCGCUGGCCAAGGACACUGGCCUGUCGGUGCGGGUGGUGCAGGUGUGGUUCCAGAACCAGCGGGCCAAGAUGAAGAAGAUCCAGCGCAAGGCCAAGCAGGACGGCGGCGACAAGGGCGGCGGCGACAAGGACGACUCCAAGGCGGAGAAGGGCAUCAAGCAGGAGCCGCAGGGUGACCACAGUGAGUUUCGAGCUAGAAUUGGCACUCUUCGCGCGCGCUCAACACAUCGUCGCAUUCUGUCAACUCCUUAUGGAUUGGGCGCCUACUACGAAACGGGAAGAAAUGGAUCAGGACGGUCAUGA